GUGAACGACCGUUUAUUUGACAAGAAGUCCAGAGCUUGUUAUAUUUAAUAGGCAGAAACAGCCAAAAUGUCUCGGUCAUUGUUUGUACUUUCUUGAAAAGCAUAGGUCACUGUCGUGUUUCGGCUAAACAAGAGUUUAAAGUGGCUGGCGCGGAGGGCUCACUUACGGUGAAGGAGCAGACAGGGCAGAGGAGAGGAGGAUGGUCUCGCUCAUUGUGAACAGUCUAGAAUGCAGCUAAGUGUUGAAUGACCCACGGAGGUCAUAGGCAACUGCUAUAUUUACCAGCACAGUAAUAUGAUCUCUGGCAUUCUGGAUCACUGUGCUCAUACUAUCCCUGCCUGGUCCUCUCACUCUGGGCUACAUCCUCCAAAGCAACACACUGUCCACGGAAAAUGCCACUGGUUUGAAUGUGAAUGGUUGAUGUGAGGUAUAAUGAACUACCACCUCGGUUUUUCCAUCCGCUUGAACUGAGAGAACUGCUCUACUUACAGUAGAGUCCAUGCGGCCUGAAAUUUCCUUACAUCCGGCUGAGCUCCCAGCAUGUCUCGUGUCUCCUCCACGGCUAAGCGCUACACUGGCUCUUCUUAUACAAGUCACUAUAGCUCAUAUGGCUCCUCCCUGACCCCAUCACUGGGCACCUACGAGCGGGACAAGCUGCCCUACAAGAGUUCCUCGUCAAGCUUCUCUUCCAGCUACCUGAGCUCCAGCGCCAGCCGCAUCCGCAACUACAGCUCAUCUGCCGAGCCGGACCGGGGUCGGCCCAUCCCUCGCACUGAUUUGCUGGGCAGCCGGCGCAGUGAGAGCCUGAGCCGCACACCAGUGAAGGGUUAUGGCUUGGGCCUCAAUGGGGGCUCAGGAUACAGCAGCUACAGUUACUCUCCGGCCCCCACUAGCUACCUCUCCACCUCACCUGUGUCAACCAGCAUCUCCCUCAAUCGGCGGAAAUCGGUGAGUCAAAGUGACCUGACGCAUGACUUGUCAGCUUUGGGCCUGAGCGAGACCUCCAGCAGCAGUGGCCUGAAGCAGUCCUACCGGAGCCGAGGCAGUGACCCAUCUGAGUCCUGCAGCAGCUCACGAUCCAGCUAUGGGCUCUCAAGAAGUUCCACACAGGAGGGUCUCGGGAGCAGCAGCAGUGGCCUAAAGAGCAGAAGCAGCAGCCAGUUCUCCUCAGGUUGUCUCUCCACAUCACCAGUCAGAGAGUCUUUGAAUUCAAAGAGUGCCCAGGGCUUGGUGGGGCUCCGUAAUCUGGGAAAUACAUGUUUUAUGAACUCCAUCCUCCAGUGUCUUAGCAACACACCGAGCCUGCGAGAUUACUGUCUUCACAACUCCCACCGUAGAGACCUCAACAACAACAACCGCACAAACACUGCUCUCAUGGAGGAAUUUUCCAAGCUGAUCCAGACAAUGUGGACUUCUUCAAACAGUGAAGCAGUCAGUCCCUCUGAGUUCAAAACACAGAUUCAGAGAUACGCCCCCAGAUUUGUGGGUUACAAUCAACAAGAUGCUCAGGAGUUUCUACGUUUCCUACUAGACGGCCUACACAAUGAAGUGAACAGGGUCACAGUACGGCCGCGUGGACACAUGGAGGACUUUGACCACUUACCUGAUGAGGAGAAAGGAAAAAAGAUGUGGGCUAAGUACUUAGAGAGAGAAGACAGCAAAAUUGUUGACUUGUUCGUAGGCCAGCUGAAGAGCUCUUUGACUUGCAGUGAAUGUGGCUAUUGUUCCACUGUGUUCGAUCCCUUCUGGGAUCUUUCCUUACCUAUCGCCAAGAAGGGCUAUGGAGAGGUGAGCCUAAUGGAUUGCAUGCGGCUCUUUACUAAAGAAGACGUGCUGGAUGGAGACGAGAAGCCGACAUGUUACAGGUGCAAAGCCAGAAGGCGGUGUAUGAAGAAAUUUACAGUUCAGAAGUUCCCUAAAAUAUUAGUUCUUCAUCUGAAGCGCUUCUCAGAAUCUCGCAUCAGAACCAACAAACUGUCUACUUUUGUCAACUUUCCCAUGAAAGACCUGGAUCUAAGGGAGUUUGCCUCUGACAGAAGUAGUAGUGCAAUCUAUAACUUGUAUGCAGUGUCCAAUCACUCAGGUACGACAAUGGGAGGCCACUACACAGCAUAUUGUUGCAAUCCUGAAAACGGAGAGUGGUACACAUAUAAUGACUCAAGAGUCACGCCAAUGUCCGCCAGCCAAGUUCGCAGUAGCGACGCCUACGUGUUGUUCUAUGAGCGAGCUGAACUCUGAGAACAGACUGUGGAAAAAGAUCAAGUUCAGGACUUGAGCCCAUUGGGCUGAAGACACAUUAUUAACAAAUGCUGUUUCCCUUGCCCAUAGAGCAAUGCAGAAUGAGACAAAAAAAUAAUGCUCUCUGCUGGACACCCGGGAGAAGUGCACACAAUGCCCUCGCACACUUCACCACUGUCUGCUGUAUCAUCAUGCAUCUGUGUGUGUGAGUGUAAGGGCAGCUCAUGGGCAGUGAUCAUCAGGCAAUAACCCCAAGUGGCUCCAAAUCAGAAGUAUCUCUAUGCACUGCAACAGAACUCUCAUCCCAACUGCGCCUUCCUCUUGUUCAAAAAAAUUCCUCAAUAUUAAAAAUUAGUUUCACUUGAUUUUAUUUGGGAUUUUUAUAAUGACUUUUCAAGUAAUUGUCCUCCCUGAUGUCUUGAGAGAUAAACUGGUUUGAGGCACUCCCUACUGGGUCGCUGAAGAAUUACAGAAGUGCACUGUUCAGGCUGCAUAACAUGGACCUGGUUGUGCCCUUUCGUUACACCUGGUUUUUCAUUACUACUCUUUUCUUCCACUCCCCCCACCCAUCAUAUUUUCUGUUUAUGCUUAGUUCUCUUCUCGGCUUUCUCUUUCUUCUCAACCUCCUGAGGGCAGUCAAAGAGUCACGGGAGUUUGUUGUGAAAGUCUGGAGUGUUGAGAGAACAGCUUGUCACUGUGGCAUGACUUUAGUCAGUGUAGCUGCUACUGAUCUUUGAAAUGCUGUGAAGGGAAAUGUGGUUUGACUGAUAUGAGACAAAAUAAUCCUGACAGUAUGGGUUGGUUUAUCCUUAAUUUCAUGCCAUUGAUCAACAUGGAAAGAAUGUUUUGACAAAGAAAAACUGUAUAUUUUUAUAUAUAUGAUACAAUGUAGAGAAUGUACUAUAAAGUGGUGCUGAAAAUGACCUGUUACUGUUUUCAGUUAAUUUAUCAAAGGUAAGAGAAUGCAUAUAUUUAUGCCUACAGGUCAGGAGACAUUGUGAUUUGAGUCAAAGUAUAUAUAUGUAUGUAUGUAUGAAUACAUUUUAGAAGAAUGAACUGUUACAAUGG